AUGUCCAACCAAUGGGAAGAUUGGUGCCCAACGUUCGAAAAUUACCUUUGCACCAUACCAGGAAGAGACGGUGUGCCACUAAGCUACAUUGUGAGGAUGAACAAUACAGGAAUGCUCACCCUGCAUGGAGAUUUCUUGGAAACCUACGUCAACAUGGCACCACACGUUGGCGAAGCAUAUGUCAUGGAUAACGCCAAAGUCCUAGUCCUUCUCAGCAAGUUUAUCGUGGGGAAUACCGAAGCUGAAGCGACUCUCCAAGCCAUCAACAUUGCAGGCAAUGGAAGAGAAGCAUUCAACGCACUACGUACCCACUACAAAGGCGAAGGAAUACUAGCCAGCGACAUUGUCAAAGCUGAACACACCAUCAAAGAACUGUGUUACGUUGGCAAAAAACCAAAAUUGAACUGGUCCAUGUUUGAACGAAUGUUAAAGAAACCUACAAAACAAGGUUACAGCACCAUUCCUACAACUGAACAAGACGGCAAUCAAUACGGAAAUUGGCAAAAGACCAAUGUUGAUGACUUUCACGACAGCAUUGCGAAUCUACUGAACUGCAGUGAGAGAAAGUUUCCCCAGGGAACCAGCAAUGCAACCAAUAGGGGACGAUACUUGGGCAAAACUAGGGCUGACAACGAUUGCGACAGAAGCAGAAGCCAAAACGAUGGAGGAGGCAACAAACGUCGCGACGAAGAAGAAAUUACUCUGAGUAAUGGAGAGAAGAUCUGGUACCAUCCUAGCUACCGUUUCUCUCGGACACACCUGCAAGCGUUUACCAACAAGCAACGCGAGCGUAUGGCGAAGGAAAGAGCCGCAUACAGAGAAAGUCAAGGAUUACCAGCAAGAAGGGCAACAGGACAAGCCGCACAAACGCAACAAGUGGAAACGCAGCUGGCGGAAUUGCAAGCCGAAGUAGCAUCGAUUAGAUCCAACAACGUACCUGCUACCAUCCCAGCCGAAGCAGCCACGCAGAUAUCACAAGUGACUAUGGGAACGACUGGAAGUACAGCAAUGGGCGGACGCAACCAACAGGCAAACAACCAACAGGCAAGCGGUAGAACCUGA